UACAGUAAAGAUAUUAUUACCUCAGUGAAGGGGAGGUCACCAAAGAAGAUGCGUGUUGGCGGGAAGACGUACCAGUGCUACAAGUGCGACUACACGUGUCAGAGGAUGGCCUUCCUGGAGCGCCACAUGAAGGUGCACACGGACGAGCGCCCCUUCAAGUGCGGCACGUGCGAGCGGGAGUUCCGCACCAUGCAGUCCCUCCAGAACCACAUCAACAGCCACAACGGAGUCAAGCCCCACAAGUGCGACCAGUGUCCCAUGAGCUUUGUGACGAGCGGGGAGCUGAUGCGCCACCGACGGUACAAGCACACGCACGAGAAGCCGCACAAGUGCACCAUGUGCGACUACGCCAGCGUGGAGAUCAGCAAGCUCAAGCGCCACAUGAGGUCUCACACCGGAGAGCGCCCCUUCCAAUGUGGCAUGUGUAGCUAUGCCAGUCCUGACAGCUACAAGCUGAAGCGCCACAUGCGCACCCAUACAGGCGAGAAGCCAUACGAGUGCUCCGUGUGUCUCGCCACCUUUACCCAGAGUGGCAGCCUCAAAAUGCACAUGCAGCGUCAUUUGGGAACGGCGCCCUCUUACGUCUGCGACAUCUGUGGCACGGCGCUGACGCGGAAGAGCGACCUGAAGUCUCAUGUCCGCAAACUCCACACCGGCGACAAGCUGCUCACCUGCAAGUACUGUGACUCAGCCUUCCCCGACAAGUACAACCUUACCAAACAUCUCAAAACACACCAGGGAGAGAAGCGCUUCAGGUGUGAGGACUGUAACUACUGCUGUACCCAGGAGAGGCACCUCAUCAACCACAAGCGCUGCCACACCGGCGAGAAACCCUUCGUCUGUGUGCAGUGUGACCACACCUUCCGCCAGGAGCAGCUGCUCAAGCAGCACAUAAAGGUGCACCACACGCCUGGCUACACCCCUCCCCGCUACGCCUGCACCAACUGCGACAAGUCCUUCACCCGCAAGGGGAACCUGCGCAAGCACGUGGAGCAGGCGCACGACCCCAGCGCCGUGCUGCCCGCCAUGAUGGGCCGCGGCAGCAGGGGUUCCCGGCUACACGACCGGCUGGACGAUGAUGAUGACUCCAUGUCGGAGGGGGAACACGAGUUCGAGCAGGCCAUGGACGAGAUCGAGGCUCAGCAGAUGGACGGAGAGGGCAUGGAGGAGCGGGAAAUGGAGCCGCAGGACGAAGACUCAGAUGUCGACUACAGGCCAGGAGACGACAUCGACGAGACACCCAAGCGCAAGCCCAAGACCCCCCGUAAGAGGAAAGCCAACACGCCCAAGUCCACGCCCCAGAAGAGGAAACGACAGAAGAAGAAGAUUAAGUCUGAGGAGGAGGAGGCUGAGGAGGAACCGGAGGGGGAGGAGAUGGGAGAGGCUCCUCCUCCUGUCACUGAGGAAGGAGAACAGCCAGCAGAGCAGGAAGCUGAAGCUGAAGCUGAAGCAGCUGUGGAGGAUCAGCAACCAGCUGAGGCUGAAGUUGAAGCUGAGGCUGAAACUGAAGCUACAGAGCAGACCUAGGCCUUUCUAGAAUACUGUAUAAACAAAUGAUUCAAAACCGCAACAAAAGUCUAGCCAUGAAACACACAUCCCUCUGUAUAUGGACAAACCUUAACUACUCUUGUAGAAAAUAAUCCAAUCCAGUAAUGGUUUAUGUUCAGUUCCAUGGCAAGUAGAGAGCAGUAAUAAUAUCUGACACGAAUAGUCAAUGCAACUUAUUGAUGCAUAGCAUUGUAUUUCUUCGGAAUUACAUGACUUUAGGCAAACAUUAUGUCUCUUAAGAAAUCAUUGCUUCGUAAGUUUGUUUCUCUUACCAUCCUCAGUAUUCCUCACACUAAUGUGCAUAGUUGUGUGGCUAACAAUGACUUGUGUAUAGAAUUGCUAAUCAAGUCCUAAACAUUCCCUAUUCCUCCCAUGUCAUUUGUGUUAUGCCUUUUGAUUGGUAGACUGAUCAUCGCCUGUCAUUGGUAGUGGUAGCUUCAUUAAUGUGAAUAAAAUGUUAAUGGUCUCAACCACGGAUAUUAGCAAAUAAUUGUCAAUUUCAAUCAUAAGAUGAACUAGUGUUAAUAGUAUUUUUGUUUUUAAAGAAAUAACCACUAGUAUUUUUUUUUUGCUUUUAAAUAAUUUGAUGGUGUAAGAUUUUCCAUGAAAGGGAAGAAAUGAUAGAAUU